AUGGGCUGCGCGCGAAGCUGCGCGGUGGAGGCACCGAGCGCGUGCCUCGAUGCCGCUAGCCCUGCGAGCCGCCCGGCGAGCCGCCCGGAGGCGUCGCCCCGGUGCUCGCCAGAGCCGGCGGCGUCGCCGCUGCUGCAGACCUUGAGGAGCGCGAAGAGCGAGCGCUCGCGCUCGCCCUUCCGCUUGGUGCUGUCUGCGUCCGAGCGCAGCCUACCAGGAGACAGCGCCUUCUUGUGGAGCCCGGUGCUGAUCCCGAAGCUCCGAGCGCAGGGCUCCGUGCGCGCUGGCGACAUGUACGACAGCGACAGCGAGGCGGAGACCUCGGGGACGCGGCGGAAGCCGGCGUCCUUCCUGAAGUGGUCCAAGAGCUCGAGGCCGGCAAAACCUGAGCGCUGGGCGCACCCGGCGAAGCCCAUGCCGGAGACCACCCCCGAGCCACCGGAGGUGACGGCGCAGGAGAGCCCGGACGAGCAACGGAGGCUCCAGAAGCUAGCCUUCCGAGCACGCGAGGUCCGGCAGCUCUUGCGCCCCCAGAUGCGAUCCGAGGAGGAGCUCGCGGAGGUGGUGGCGCAAGUAUCCCGCUGCUCUCACUUCCUCGCCGAGUCCCUGCCUCACGCCGCGGAGACCGUGGGCGUGCGGCCCAGCGGCCUCGUGUUUCAGGCCUUGCUGCGCCGCGCGGGGCUGGGCCGCGCCAAGCCGGCGGUUGAGCUGGAGCCUGCCCUGGAGGGGCGGGUGGAGAAGCUGGCGCUGGCAGCGGGGGAGCUGUGCCAGCUGCUGCGGGUGAAGGUGGAGGACGACGGGGACUUGUCCUUGGCCCUCAAGGUACUAGAGGUGAGCCCACCACAAUUUGCCCAGAAGUACUGCGGAUGGAGGCCGCGGAACAUCAAGCUUCCGCUUGCUGGAGGUCCGGGCGCCGCGGAGUCGACGGCAUGUUUCGAGUUCCUUCUGGUGAAGAUGGCUGGCUGGCUGCCCUCACGGAUUGUAAUAGGAGGGGUUCUCAGGGUGAAAGUGGGCUGGCCGGACAAGCUGGGGAGGGCUCGCGCGCUGGACGAGAAGCGCGAGCUUUGGAGCGGUUACUUACGAAAGGCCGCCCAACCGGAAAAGCAGGGGUCUCCCUCGGCCCGCGUGGACCGCGGCAACCGUGUCGCCUUAUUGAGGGCGGUCUGGCUUAUCGGCAGCCGGCACUUGGAGAAGGUGGACGCAGUACUUCAAGCCUGGCGCUUGCACGUGGUGCGCUGCAAUACCCGCAGAUGCUGCUGGGAUGAGGCAGAGGCCCGGGCGGUGGCUGCGGCGCGCGCGAAGCUGCUAGAAGAGGGUUUGGCGUGCUGGGCCUCUGCUGCGCAGCAGAGCUGGGCGCAGCGGCGCGCAGCGCAGCUGCUGACGGAGCAACGGUGGCAACGGCAGAUACAGGACGCCUUCGCAGCCUGGUCGCAGGAGUGCCCGCGACAGGCAACCCCUUCCCAGCUCAUUGCGCACCCCGAGCUCUUCUUCCCCAGCUCCGAGUCCUCCAUCUCCGCAAGCUCUUACACCAGCAGCGAGGGCCCCUCCAGCCUCAGGCCCCGGGCACAGCAGCUGGCCUUUCUCCGCAGCUUCCGCGUGGACGUGCGCCUCAGGGCCCGCGCGGCCUUCGGCGCCUGGAGAUCCGCGGCGGGGCUCCGGCGGCAGAAGGCCGUCAUGCUGGAUGUGGUGGACGGCUGGCAAAAAACCUCUCAAGGUUUGUCCGCAAGGCUUCUGUUUUCAACCUGGCGUGCAACGACUAGGCGACGCAAGCAGCUGGAGUGUGCGGCAAGAUGUUUGCAACACCGCGCUGCCUCCAACAUGCUGCGCUUUGUCGUUCUGCAGUGGUUUGCAGCCUGCCGACUUGUGGGCUGGAGAAGAAUGUUUGCACAACAUUUGAGCCGGCGUGACCUCCACAGCAUUUGGGGCUUCUGGGUCUUGGCAUGUUCCAUAUCAAAGGCGGAACGCUCACAGCUGGCAGCGUUGGACAGACAGGUUGGUUACCUGCACAAGGCCCAAACACAGGCCGAGCGCUUGUCGGAACAGCCCUUGCACGAGGCUGAGACUGCCAUGCUUGCGCUGGUUCGCUGGAAAGCCUUUUGCCAGCAGGGGCGGGCAAGUCGAACCAUUGAUGAGCUGAAGCAAGCCUUGCUGAACACGGAGUCCCACGCGAAGGUCAUGCUGGGCGAUGCAAUGGAUGACUGGCAGAAAACCUCUCAAGGUUUGUCCGCAAGGCUUCUGUUUUCAACCUGGCGUGCAAUGACUAGGCGCCGCAAGCAGCUGGAGUGUGCAGCAAGAUGUCUGCAACACCGCGCUGCCUCCAACAUGCUGCGCUUUGUCGUUCUGCAGUGGUGUGCAGCCUGCCGCCUUGUGGGCGGCAGACGAAUGUUUGCACAACAUUUGAGCCGGCGUGACCUCCACAGCAUUUGGGGCUUCUGGGUCUUGGCAUGUUCCAUAUCAAAGGCGGAACGCUCACAGCUGGCAGCGUUGGACAGACAGGUUGGUUACAUGCACAAGGCCCAAACACAGGCCGAGCGCUUGUCGGAACAGCCCUUGCACGAGGCUGAGACUGCCAUGCUUGCCCUGGUUCGCUGGAAAGCCUUUCGCCAGCAGGGGCGGGCAAGUCGAACCAUUGAUGAGCUGAAGCAAGCCUUGCUGAACACGGAGUCCCACGCGAAGGUCAUGCUGGGCGAUGCAAUGGAUGACUGGCAGAAAACCUCUCAAGGUUUGUCCGCAAGGCUUCUGUUUUCAACCUGGCGUGCAACGACUAGGCGACGCAAGCAGCUGGAGUGUGCAGCAAGAUGUCUGCAACACCGCGCUGCCUCCAACAUGCUGCGCUUUGUCGUUCUGCAGUGGUGUGCAGCCUGCCGACUUGUGGGCGGCAGAAGAAUGUUUGCACAACAUUUGAGCCGGCGUGACCUCCACAGCAUUUGGGGCUUCUGGGUCUUGGCAUGUUCCAUUUCAAAGGCGGAUCGCUCACAGCUGGCAGCGUUGGACAGACAGGUUGGUUACAUGCACAAGGCCCAAACACAGGCCGAGCGCUUGUCGGAACAGCCCUUGCACGAGGCUGAGACUGCCAUGCUUGCCCUGGUUCGCUGGAAAGCCUUUUGCCAGCAGGGGCGGGCAAGUCGAACCAUUGAUGAGCUGAAGCAAGCCUUGCUGAACACGGAGUCCCACGCGAAGGUCAUGCUGGGCGAUGCAAUGGAUGACUGGCAGAAAACCUCUCAAGGUUUGUCCGCAAGGCUUCUGUUUUCAACCUGGCGUGCAAUGACUAGGCAACGCAAGCAGCUGGAGUAUGCAGCAAGAUGUCUGCAACACCGCGCUGCCUCCAACAUGCUGCGCUUUGUCGUUCUGCAGUGGUGUGCAGCCUGCCGACUUGUGGGCGGCAGAAGAAUGUUUGCACAACAUUUGAGCCGGCGUGACCUCCACAGCAUUUGGGUCUUCUGGGUGUUGGCGUGUUCCAUUUCAAAGGCGGAAUGCUCGCAGAGUGCAACUGUGCAAUGGAAGGACUGGCACCGGCACCACCAGUCGCGGUUGGCUUUGGCCUGGGCAGCCUGGAUCUUGGAGGCCCAGACCCAGCGCCUGAAGAUUCAGCGCCAAGAAACGGACGUGUCUUUACUGCUCCGAGAGGCCGGCGCCUUGCAAUUGCAGGUGACUUGGCUGCUGUGGUGCCACUUUGCGCGCAUCUCUUCCCGGGCAACCAGGCGUUUCGAGGGGCUGAUGGCAGCGUGGCAUCGAAGCAAAGGUCUGGGGUUGCUGCUGAUGGCGUUUCAAUGCUGGGCGCUCCCGGAACCGGCACCUCGCCUUCAGCUUGAGGAUCCGCCCGAAGCGCAGACCCGCGAGGAAGCGCCGAGCUUGGCGAUAUUCCUGGCCUGGCGCCUGCUGACGGUGCAAUCGACGCUGCGCCUGCAAGAAGCACCGCAGAAAGCUCGGCAUUUGGACAGCGUCUCUGCGAUCUUGCGGGGCCUGGCUGAAGGGUCUCUCCUGCGCGCGGCCUUUGUGAGCUGGCACGAGGAGCUGCGAGAUGCUGCCGAGACGGCGCUGUGUCAAUGCCUCGAAGGCUGGGUGGAGCGGCAGCAGGCGGCGGCCAGUUGGGCCGUGGCGGCGGUGCAGCAGAUGGCCUUCCACGCCUGGCGCGGCUGGCGGCGGAGGCAGGCCUGGAGCCUGCGGAUCUGCGGGCGCCUGCAGCAGUCGGAGCGGUUGUGCUGGCUGGCGCGGUGCUUCGGCAGCUGGGCCUGCGCGGAGCUGCCCAGGCCCAGUUCUGCGGUGCUUCAACCCACGGCAUUGCCAUCCUCGCCGUCCUCCAUCUCAAGGGCCAGCGAGGCGGGCUCCGGCGUGCGCAGCUCAAGCGCUGCCGGCCCGCCACAGCCGGAGGAGGAGGCAGAGGAGGCGGAGGAGGCGGAGGCGGCGGAGUGUUCAGCGCAGCCAGAGGAGGAGCAGGUACCUGACCUGGUCUUCCAGCCCAUUUUGGAUCCAAAAGAGGAAGCGAGCGGAAAAUCCACUGCGCCGCCGGUCGCAGACGGUUCCGAGCGCUUGGACUCCACGAGUUUUCCGCCGGUCUCACGCGAGGAAUCCAUCCUGAAGCGCAUCUACUUGAAGCGCACCCCGGUGCUGCGGAUGGUGAUGAACAGGUGGUGGGAGGCGUGCUUGUCCAAGGGCAUGCAAGACCUGAGGCUUCCUUCUCCACAGAGGCGCGCAGCUGAGCCAGAGAUGAGGCCCCCUUCUCCAGAUGCCAAGUCGCCCUCUAGGCCCGCUUCGCCGGACAAGUCUGAGUCUCCCUUGAGGGCGCGGCGGCGGCGCGCGGCGUCUUUAGCCCGGUUGCUGGAGGAGGCAGAGGCUGCGGCGCACGAGGCGGCGCCUGCAAAGAAGGCGCCUUUGCGAGAAAGACAGCUGGAGGAGAACCUCAGGUGGGGGGAUGAGACUUGGAUGCUCGCAAAGACGCGUGGCCUGUGCAAGCGCAAGUCUUGCAGCACAAACAUCGGGGCGGCGAUGUAGGCCUGCACUGAGCCUUUGACUUGGACGAAAAGCUGUCCGGAGCGCCAACGACUGCCAGCGAG